GCUACGCAGGACGAAAGCUCCUACUCUCACUUAGUUUGAGAGAAUGGACGACAAAGAGGAAAAGAAAAUGGGAGGGAAUUUGUUUGCUCUUCGCCAGGCCUUUAGUUUCCGAUCGAUUUACUCUUCUUCCUCAAUUUGCAGCACGCGAACCACAAUCUUCUCCCAAAUUUCAAGAACCUUAUGUUCCUCAUCAUCAGUUUCAUCGGAUACGAAACAACCGUCUGUUGCGAGGCUUCCGUUUGUGGACGCUUUCCUGGGAAAGAUAAAGAAUAAUAAAACUCUUUUAGCCAACAGGAAAAUUUAUUCACGUAGAUCUACGAUUUUUCCCGACUUCGUUGAUCAAACUUUACGGAUUUACAAUGGAAAAAAUUUUGUUCGCUGCAAGAUCACUGAAGGCAAAGUUGGUCUUAAGUUUGGUGAGUUUGCUUUGACUCGGAAAAGAAAACUUUUGAGGAACAAGGCUGAACUGCAAAAAAGAAGGGCAAGAAAUAAGCAUUUUCCACCCAAAAUCCUAUGUUGAUUUUGCAAUAAAACUGAUCAAGAAUAAUGUAUGACAUUAGCGGCGUCUGCUGCUAUAUCCACCGCCGAGGAUGAUGGUGAAAGUUGUGAAGUGCUUGAGGCUGGUCUUUGUGAUUAAAACGUUGUCGUGCUCUUUGCAGUUGUAGCUUUUAUAUUCCUCUCUUUCGGAGAAAGGGUAGGCAUGAGGUGCCUUUUAAACCAAGAAAGCUAUAGGGAGAGAACUUUG